AUGGGAGUUUCGUGCCUUGAUUUUGCUAAGUCUCUCUUUGCAAAUCUUUCUCGUCUUCUUCGGAAGAAACGAAAGCACGUAGCUGCAGCCUGGCUCCUGAAUUUUAUUUGGUUAGCAUACCUGUCGGCAGAGUGGGUGGCAACUCUUUGCAUGGGUAUCCUUGCCCGUAUCCAAGGAGGUACAGAAACAAACUAUGCCAAUCCAAACCCAGACUUUGUCCCUGCAUUUUGGGCAGCAACCCUCCUUGUACAACUUGGUGGCCCGGAUGCUAUUACUGCAUAUUCAGUAGAAGAUAACCAACUGUGGUUAAGGCAGCUACUUCAACUAAUAACCCAAGUUGCGGUUGUGUUUUAUGCCUUGUUGAGGUCAUGGUGGAGCAAGGAUCCACUCAUAUUUGUAGCCGUUCCUGUCUUUGUUUCUGGAGUAAUCAAAUACGGAGAGAGGAUUUGGGCACUAAGAUCAGCAAGCUUUGAUAAUGCCGUCCUACAUGAAGAAGUCCAGCGUCUAAGCCAGCAACUUGAUGAGAAAUUCCCUUCACCUGACUUGCUUGACAUGUCUAUUGAAGACAUUAAUAGAGCUCUAGGCUUCCAUCGCAUUGCAAGUCAGGUUGUGCAUCUCCAUGAAGCUCAUUUAUUAUUCCAAAUUUCGAAGAUGUUAUUUACCGAUUACAUGCUCCCAUUUUCUACUCACAUGACGAGCUAUCUUAUUCUGAGUAGCAAGAAUGCUGCAGAAGCCUUCAGAUUGAUAGAGGUAGAGUUGGGAUUCAUGUUCGAUGCACUUUAUACUAAGGUGAUCACAGGGCUUUGUUGGCAAGGCUUCCUUCUCCGUGCAAUCAGCUGUUCAUCCUCCAUUGCUGCAUUACUUGCAUUCGCAAGAAUGACCAUAAACUGUCAUGCUUAUUCAACAACCAAUAUAGUUGUAUCAUACUGCUUGCUCAUUGGAGCCAUUCUUCAUGAGACAUACUCGUUCGUUUUUCUUGUUUUCUCUGACUGGGUUAUGCUUUGGCUUAGCAAGCAACACAAGCGAUGGGCCACUGCUGUCUGUCAAGCUAUUGUUUCUUCUAAUCAAAAGUGGCCAUUAAACUGUAAUGAUCGUAAAAAGUGGAGAGGAACUAUGGCACAACAAGACCGAAUAAGUGAUGAAAGCACGCUAGUAAAGAUGCUUCUCAAACAGCUCCUUCGCAUUAAAGAUUUUCAAAGUUGGGAGAGAGUGGAAAUGCAAUUGAAAGAAGCCAUCUUUAAUUACCUCUUACAGAAACGUUUAAGAUUCAACCAUUGCAUGCCGCUGCCCGAUCCCGGCAUGAAUAAUCUAAAUGAGAUAUUGGCAGAGAGAGGUGAUCAGGUGCUUAGGACAGAUGGAUGUCUUGAAGGACAAUUUCGUGAAAGUACGGUGGAUGCAGACUUUCGUGAAAGCCUGCUGCUGUGGUACCUUGCCACCGAUAUUUGUUACUAUGACAAUUCUCGCACAAAUGGUGCUUAUGUUGAUCCAAAUGCCAGGAUAAGCAAAUCCUUGUCUAAUUAUAUGCAAUAUGUUCUAACUGACUAUCCGUCAAUGCUACCAAAAAUGAUUCAAGGAGAAAGGCGUGCAAUAAAUAGCAGUCGUGUAAUCUCUGGUUCCUGUUGGGCAUGGAGAUCAAGAAUUACCGCUCGGACUCAUUGGUGUUCGGAGGAGUUUCUACGCGUAAUCCAAGAGAACAGCCCAGAAACUUCAAUAGCAAGUGAUGGUUGCAAGCUUGCCAGGUCAUUGCAAGAUCUUGGGAAAGAGAGGGGAAAGGAACGCAAACGGAAGAUGAUAAGUGAAGUGUGGGUAGAGAUGUUAACUUAUACUGCAGUUCGUUGUAAUUGGCAAGAACAUGCUAAAACACAACACGAGGCGGGGAGCUACUCGCUCAUGUGUGCCUUCUUAUGGCUCAUCUUGGCUUAA